AAUUUUUAUUUGUGUUUUUUUGGUAAUCGAUAUUAUAUAUGGUAACCUCCAAUAUUAUCUAUAUCUAAAACAGUCGGAAUAUUUUCUUCUUUCCCUUUCAAAUUUCAGUCGUAACUACGUACUGGCUAGGUCUUUCUAGUUAAGAGCAAGUGCUCUUUGCUUUUGCUGGUAAUGGAAAUUAUGAUGAUGAUGUUGGGGACGUUGAAGCAUUUCCACCUUGCAUUGCUUGUUGCGACCGGCGGUUUUGCUCUUGUAGCUUAUGCCCAAGAUCAAGCAGGGUUCAUCAGCAUAGAUUGCGGCCUACCAAAAAAUUCUAGUUACGUUGAGAAGACAACAGGCUUGUUUUACAUUUCAGAUGCGGAGUUCACAGACGGCGGCGAAAGUGUUUUCCUAUUGCCAGAUAACAGAGGCAAUUACCAACAGCAGAUGUGGUCUCUCAGAAGAUUUCCGGAAGGAAUCAGGAACUGUUACAGAAUAAACGUUACAAGUGGGGUCAAAUAUUUGAUCAGAGCCUCCUUCUUGUACCGGAAUUAUGAUGGUAAAAAUACUCUGCCCAUAUUCGACAUCCAUCUUGGAGCAAACUUGUGGGAUACGGUAAAUGUAACCAACGCAAGCUUUAGUGUAGUGAAGGAGAUAAUACAUGUACCUCCCCAAAACUACAUCCAUCUUUGUCUCGUGAAAACGGGCUUUUCUUCUCCAAUUAUUUCCGCAAUAGAAUUGAGGCCUAUGAAUAAUACUGCUUAUCAAACUCAAAUGGGGUCUAUCGCACUAGUCAACCGCUUCGAUACGGGUACAGUUGAGAAGGCAUACAGGUAUCCUGAUGAUAUUUAUGAUCGCUUCUGGGAUCCAUAUAACCCCAAUAAUUGGACUAGUUUAUCAAAUAGCUCGCUGAUCAGAAAUAUCCGUGUUCGCAAUUCAUACCACCCACCAGCAAUUGUCAUGAGCACGGCUGCCACGCGCAAAAAUAUAGAAGAUUCAUUGGACUUCUGGCUCCCAAAUGACGAGUCUAGUUCCCAAUUAUAUUAUGUAUACAUCCACUUUGCGGAAAUUGAGGAUCUCAAAGACCACCAAAUCAGAGAAUUUAAUAUUUCUUAUGACGAUGUAGAGGACUGGUAUGGACCUUUUUCUCCUAAUUAUUCACGAACAACCACUGUAUUCAGUCCUAUAGCACUGGAGGCGGGACGUCGUAUUUCAAUCUUUGCGACUCGUAACUCAACCCUUCCACCCAUCGUUAAUGGCUAUGAGGUUUAUAAAGUUAAAGAGUUCUUACAAUCAGAAGCUGACCAAAAUGAUGUUGAUGCAAUUACAAUACUGAAGUCAACAUAUGGAGUAAAAAGAAACUGGCAAGGAGAUCCAUGUACCCGUGAAUAUUUGUGGGAAGGUCUAAGCUGUAGCUAUCACGAUUUUGAAGCUCCUAGAAUUAUAUCGUUGAACUUGUCCUCAAGUGGAUUAACCGGAGAGAUUCCUCCUUCUGUAUCCAAUCUCAAGAUGAUUCAAAUUUUGGAUCUAUCAAACAAUAAGUUUACUGGAUCACUGCCAGACUUUUCUCAGUUGACAAACUUGACGGUCUUAAACCUGGAGAAUAACAUUCUCAUAGGUUCAGUUCCAGCUGGACUCGUAGAAAAGUGGAAUAAUAAUAUGCUCUUAUUAAGUGUGUGUGGAAAUGAAGAUCUAAUUUCACCAGUCUCUUGCAAAAACAAGCAGAAGAAUAUGGCUAUUAUUGCAAUAGUGGCAUCAACUGUUGGAGUUUUCGUCGUGUUAUUAACCGUUUCAGCAAUUUGGUGGGGCCUUAGAAGGAAAAGACAGCAACUUAUUGCACUAUCAUCCACCGUUGAAAAUGGAUCACUGGAAUCAAAGAAACAACAAUUUACAUACUCUGAAGUACUCACAAUAACUAAGAACUUUGAGAAGGUUCUUGGUAAAGGCGGAUUUGGAACAACUUACCAUGGCCACCUAGGUGAUACUCAGGUAGCUGUAAAAAUGCUGUCUCCAUCCGCUGCUCGAGGACAUCAACAAUUUCAUGCUGAGGCAAAUCUUCUAACUAGAGUGCAUCAUAGAAACUUAACAAAACUGGUUGGAUACUGCAAUGAUGGAACUAAUACCGGGCUUAUCUAUGAGUACAUGGCCAAUGGAAACUUGCAAGCACGUCUCUCAGAUGAGUAUUCAAAAAUCUUGAUGUGGGAAGUUAGACUUCGAAUUGCAUUGCAGGCUGCACAAGGACUGGAAUAUCUUCAUGAUGGUUGUAAGCCUCCAAUAGUCCACAGAGAUGUGAAAUCCACAAAUAUCUUGCUAAAUGAAAAUCUUCAGGCCAAGCUAUCUGAUUUCGGUCUAUCCAAAACAUUUUCAACUGAUAGUACUGAUAAAUCUCAUAUAUCAACCACAGUAGUUGCUGGAACUCCAGGGUACCUUGACCCCGAGUACUACAUAUCAAACAGAUUAAAUGAGAAGAGUGAUGUUUAUAGCUUUGGGGUAGUAUUAUUGGAGAUUAUUACAGGUCGACCUGCCAUUUCUAAAUCUCAUCAUGAUCGGAGCAUACACGUCAGUAAUUGGAUUACUUCCAUAAUUAGAAAUGGGGACAUUAAAAGAAUUGUUGAUUCAAGGUUAGAGGGAAAUUUUGAUAUAAACUCAGCCUGGAAAGUUGUUGAAUUAGCAAUCAACUGUGUCUCUUCCAAAUCCACCCAAAGGCCAUCCAUGAGUCAAGUAGUGAUUGAACUAAAGGAGUGUUUGGAUAAAGGAAUUGCUUCGACAGAGGAGAGUGGCGAUAUUGAUUGGAAAGACUCCAUUGAAACGUGGCCUUUGAAUCCAAUCACUCAGCUGAGUCCCUCAGUUAGAUAGGAUUUGUGGCUGUGUAUGAAGCACUCGUUUUGUACUGAAAUAUAUUAAGCAGACUAGAUGGUAAAAUCCUCAUGACAUGAUGAUCAUAAUGCAUAAUUUAAUUUUUCU